GGAAUUUAGGAAUCUAAACUAUUAGAAAUUUAGUUUUAUUAGAUGGGAAAAUUAGGAAUUUCUUUUCAAAUUAGGUAAUAAUACGGUACUUGGGACUAGAGACUCCGUUUCUUCUGAUUACCUUUAACAAACUGACGCUCAGUACAGAUUUUUGUUUUAUCAGCUACGUUGCAUAACAAAAACGUAAAUCGUAAUCGUAAUCGUCAUUUCUGCAUCGUGUACAAUAAUCACAACUCAACGUGUUACCUCUUAUCUAAUCAAAUACUUUAUCACUGUUCGUGAACAAUUAUUCGAUCAAUUGUAUCUUCUUUUGCUAACAGACUUGACAAUUUAUCGGCUCUUACUCACAUUAAUUAGUGAAAAAUUCUACGACGUUGAAAUAUGGAAAAGAUUUUGGAUUCGUUGCAAAACGAAGGUGUAUUGGCCGACAGUGCACGGGAGAAAUUAUCAAAUAUCUUACCGGAAAAUGUUAAGGAAAAGUUAUCUAGCAUAUAUCAACGAUAUCAAGAAUUGGACAAUGAAGAAAAGCAGCAAUUUAUGAAUGAAGUAACAGAAAUGUUUAGAAAGAAAAUGGAAAGUAGUUGGAGCUUCUCUUCACUGUUUUACACACUGUUUUAUUCUUAUCCGUACAUCGUUUUCAUUUUCGCUGUGCUGUUUAUAGCUUUCGUUCUUGUGUUCUUCAUCUACAAAUUGUUCAGAUGUCUGUCGGAGAGGGAAACGAAGCGAGAAGAGAAGAAGAAGAACAAACAGAUGAAGAAAAAGAAAUAACGUGGAUAUCGUGUUAUGAAAUGCGACGAAAGAAAUACGAAUGUGCAACGUAUGGUAAAUUACAGCGGUACGUUGUCUCGAGGAUGAUUUGUCGUAUUUUAUAUACGACGAAAAACAAUUACACAUUUUAUGACUUAUUCUAUUUUGUUAAAUAAAAUAAUAUAUUUAUGAAUAAA